GGGAAAGUUACAUUUCAUCAAAGGUUUCACUCCUGAAAUAUGACUACGGGCCAAAUAUCAAGAAUUAUUAAGCAGCUUGGGUAUGAGAGAAUAAUAAAGGCGACUAAUUGUGGUAGAGUUAUCGUUCCUGGACUCGCGUAUACCAACUUCCAUGGAAACGCAUCUCCGCAUCCAUGGAGCGUGAUGGACAUCAUAGAUUCAACCCAGAUUUGUCUCAUACAUCCAACAGACGGCGGGAAGUCGUUUCUCGGCCUUCACCAGCUUUUCGGUGAAACUGAUGCGUUUGUAGUGACUGCAAAAAUCGACUUAAGCGAGCAGCUUCAUGACGAAGCUGUUGUGAAAGCCCCUCUGUGUACAGACACCACCGUCAGCAACGUCGGCAAAAGCACCAUUGUCAUGGACACAGUGAUGACAUCCGGUUCAGUUCCACUGGUCAAGUAUCGAAGUAAUUCAAUAAUACUCGACAAAAGCAGUAAAAAGCCUGUCGAGAUUCCCCAGCAAUGGAAGAGUACCUACGGGCACUUGUGCACAGGCGAGCCAAUGAGAUUCAGUGCUCUUGAGAGGCCAUCUGACCAAUCACGUGUAAGCAAUGUGUUUGCAGGUGUGGAUUUGUAG